CCGCCAUCUCUGCUGCAGGACCUCUCUCCUGCUACACAUUCUUUGCCAGAACAUAUCCCCGUGUCUUUUAGAGGAUAGUCAUGGGUGUUCCGGCACUAUUUCGUUGGCUCAGCAAAAAGUACCCUAAAAUUAUUCUUCCUGUUAUAGAGGCAGAGCAAGCCACAAUACCCGACACCGAAGGCAAUGAAGUCGCCGUACCUGUCAAUAUAGCCGAUCCAAACCCCAAUGGUGUCGAGUUCGACAGCCUUUAUCUCGAUAUGAACGGUAUUGUUCAUCCAUGCACGCACCCAGAGGGCAAGCCUGCACCGGAAACUGAAGAGGAAAUGAUGAUUGAGAUCUUCAGCUACACUGAGCGUGUUGUGAACAUGGUACGACCUCGUAAGCUUCUCUUCAUGGCCAUCGAUGGUGUCGCUCCCCGCGCCAAGAUGAACCAGCAACGAUCUCGUCGUUUCCGUUCCGCCCAAGAAGCCAAGGAGAAGGAGGAAGCUCGCAAGGAGUCAAUAGCCAUGUGGGAAGCCAUGGGCAAAACCCUCAGCGAGGAAGAGAAGAACAAGAAGGCUUGGGACAGUAAUGCGAUUACUCCUGGCACGCCGUUCAUGGACUUGCUCGCGAGCUCUCUUCGAUAUUGGGUCGUGUACAAGAUGAACACGGACCCUGGCUGGAAAGACGUUCAAGUAAUAAUAUCCGACGCGAGUGUUCCCGGUGAGGGAGAACACAAAAUCAUGGACUUCAUCCGGCGCCAGCGGAGCAACCCUGGUCAUGACCCUAACACCCACCACGUCAUUUAUGGUUUAGAUGCGGACCUCAUCAUGCUCUCACUUGCCACUCAUGAGCCUCACUUCCGAGUCCUGCGUGAGGAUGUCUUCCACCAAGAGGGCAGUCGUACCGCGUGUCGUAUUUGCGGUCAAGAAGGGCACUACGCCGCGCAAUGUACCGGGACAAAGGCGGAGAUUAAGAAGACUCCGCCAGAGAAGAAGCCAUUCAUAUUCCUCGAUGUCGCGAUCUUACGAGAAUAUCUUGAAGCAGAGUUGAACGUGCCGAAUGUACCGUUCCCGUUCAACUUCGAACAGGCCAUAGAUGACUGGGUUCUCCUCAUCUUCUUCGUCGGAAAUGAUUUCCUGCCUCAUCUUCCAUCCCUUGAGAUUCGUGAAGGCGCUAUUGAUACUCUACUGAAGAUCUGGCGCACUGAGUUGCCGCGCAUGGGUGGCUACAUCACCAACCAUGGUCAGUUAGAGUUGUCGAGGGCCCAGAUCAUUCUUGAGGGGCUUGCGAGGCGUGAAGACGAAAUAUUCCGGCGAAGACGAGAAGCUGAGGAGAGACAGGAUCAGAAUGCGAAGCGACGCAAGAUUGAGAAGGAGACGGGAUCCAAUGGCGCCUCUGCUGGUCCCUCCCCGUCACUGAAUCUCACUGUUGCUCCUGUUGCACCUGGAUCACUCCCGCCUCGUCCUGACUUCGCUGCAAAGGCCGAUAGCAUUGGCUUGGGUGGCCCAAAGAAUGCGGACACUGAUACGCACACACCUACCGCUUCUCUGGCGUUGGCGGGAUCGAACCGUGACGUUGUUGCGAACCGAGCCGCAAUUCGUUUAGCAAACAUGAGUGCGGCUGAGAUGCUCAAGGCCGAGAUGGCUUCCCUCAUACCAUUAAAACCUUCGAAGUCUGCGACAAAAUCAUCCACUACUGCGAACUCUGCUCCUCCUCCCCCUGUUGCUGCGAGUGCCCCUGCUAGAGAGCCAUCGAGUGCUCCGGAUGCGACUAUCACUGCGACAGUGACCACUACCGACGAUGCCGAUAUCCCCGGCCUGGGUGGCAUGACACCUGUCUCUUCGAGUACGACUGUCUUUGAAACUCCUAUGUCUGUCGAGCCUGUGCCUCCGGUUGAGGACGGCACCGAUGAUGUCGAUGGCGAGGAGAUUCCUGCCGGGGCCGAGGACUCCUUCAUGACCGACGCUAUCGAGACCGAAUUGCAUGGUGUGAAGCGCAGUAUCGACGAGGUCGAGGCAGAAGACGCUGAGGAUCCGGAGGACCUCGGCCCUUCGGAUGAUGACGACGCGCCCGCGGAGGCGGAGACGUCGUAUGUCCUGAAGGUGAAUCCUGACGGCACUGUGGAUCAAGAAGAUCAGGUGAAAUUGUGGGAACCGGGCUACAGAGAGCGGUACUACUCCCAAAAGUUCGGCGCGGAGUACAGUGAUAAAGAGUUUAGGAAGCAGGUCACGAAGAGCUACAUCGAAGGCAUGGCGUGGGUGCUACAGUAUUACUACCAAGGAACGCCGUCGUGGCAUUGGUACUACCCCUUCCACUUCGCACCAUUCGCCGCCGAUUUCGAGGAUCUCGACAAGAUGGACAUCGACUUCACGCUCGGCCAACCCUUCAAGCCCUUCGAGCAACUCAUGGGCGUUUUCCCUGCCUCAAGUCGAUCGCACAUUCCGGCAACAUUCCACGAUCUUAUGACCGAGGACACGUCGCCAAUCAUUGACUUUUAUCCUUCCACGUUCCAGAUUGAUAUGAACGGCAAGCGCAUGGCAUGGCAAGGUGUCGCGUUGCUGCCCUUCAUCGACGAGAAACGUUUAUUAGAUGCGAUGGGCCCCAGGUAUCCGAACCUUUCUGACGACGAGAAACGGCGGAACCAAUGGGGCAACAACUUCCUCUUCGUCUACGAAGCGCACGCCUUGUACCCGACGUUGGAGGCGUUGUAUGGCAAGCGCAAGAAAGAUGAGCCAUUGCCGAUCAAUCCGAAACUUAGCAAGGGUAUCAAUGGAUCUCUGCUCCCUAACCCGGAUUGUAUACCAGACUCGACGUACUUCUCGCCACUGCCUUCUCAGGACCUUCCGAAUAUCAAGAAUGACCGUUCGCUGUCGGCCUUCUACUUCUUCCCGAAGCAGUUAACACCUCAUCGCUCGAUAUUGCUCCCUGGUGUUCGACGGCCGCAGCCGGUUCUCAAUGCUCACGAUCUCGAGGUGGCUAGACGAGGCGGUCCCGAGCGCGGUCGUGGUCGCGGGCGAGGCGGCUUCCAUUCUGAACGUGGCGGCCGUGACAAUUACGGCGGGUAUAACAAUCAGAGCCGUGGCUUCCGUCCCGGUGGUGGUGAGGACAGGUACCAGAACGGCGGAUCAUAUCAGCCGUACCAGCAGCAAGCAUCGUACAUUAACGGCGGCUACCAGCAACAGCAGUCAUACCAAGCAUAUCAGUCCUACCAGCGUGGCCGUGGAGGUUACCAGCAGCCGUCGUCUAACAGCUCCAGAGGCCAGUACAACGACUUUACUUCACCCUCGCGUGGUGGUCGUGGCGGCGGACGGGGUAACUACGGUGGUGGCGGCGCUGCCUACACCAACGGACCUCCUGGAGGCUACGGCAACCAAGGAGGAGGAUACGGUGGCGGAGGGCGAGGAGGAGGCUAUGGCGGCUAUGGCGGCGGCGGCAACAACUACAAUCAAGGCGGUGGCGGAUAUGGCCAGGGAGGAUACAAUCCAGGCGGGGGCUAUGGUGGCCAGGCUGGGUACACUGCUGGUGGAAACUACGGCUAUGGUGGCAACCAGCAGAGCAACGGCUACGGUGGUGGAGGCGGUGGCGGCUACGGGAACUCGAGAGGCGGUCACAACAACCGCGGCCGUGGACGUGGCGGGCGUUAUUGAGCAACGACUUUCUGUCUCCUCCGGACUUCGUACUUCGCUGGACUGGAUAUAUACAUGUAGUACGUUAUAAUGAUGCCUCUCUCUAUGUACCUCAGUAUGUACAGCAGACUAUAGGUAAAUUGUGGCUUUUGGACUUAUGCCCUCCUUUUUUAUAAAUUUGCUAGUUUUUCCUUAAUAACCCCUUU